AAAAAAAGAAAAGCAGCAGCAGCAGCCAUCAGCUCCCAAACUCCACUUCAUCUCUUGCACAGCCACUCGAUUUCCUCCAACCAGGGAGGAGAGAGACACACCAACCCUCAUCCGAGCUCAUUCCCAACGUGGAAAAGCCACAGGAAAGACAGCGCAUCAAUCCGACAGAUUCCAGCAAAUCAUCUCCGGAUCGUUUUUCCAUGCCGAAUGCGUGUUAAAGCGCGCGCUCAGUGCGGCACACAUCAGGCUGCUUUAUUGCCAUAGCAGCGGCGAGCGCUGCCUGUAGCUGGUACAGGAGCUUCAGCUAGCGACGGAACAAAGAAAACACACACUAAUAUAACCGUCUGCUCAGCAAACUGCUUCCCUGUUCUUGGACGAGGAGAAGGCAAGACCCCGAAGACCAAAACUGACAUGAUGUUUCCACAAUCCAGGCACUCGGCUUCAUCGCAGCAGCUGAAGUUCACGACGUCAGACUCGUGCGACCGCAUCAAGGACGAGUUCCAGUUCCUUCAAGCACAAUACCACAGUCUGAAGCUCGAAUGUGACAAGCUGGCCAGCGAGAAGUCAGAAAUGCAACGUCAUUAUAUCAUGUACUAUGAGAUGUCCUACGGGCUGAACAUCGAAAUGCACAAGCAGGCAGAGAUCGUGAAGAGAUUAAAUGGGAUCUGUGCUCAAGUCUUGCCUUACCUGUCUCAAGAGCACCAGCAGCAGGUUCUGGGGGCGAUAGAGAGAGCCAAACAGGUCACCCCACCAGAGAUGAACUCCAUCAUACGGCAGCUCCAGGCUCACCAGCUCUCCCAGCUGCAGGGGCUGGCAUUGCCCAUGACCCCUCUCCCUCUCGGCCUCAGCCAACCGGCCGGCCUCCCCGCCGUCACCUCCAGCUCCGGCCUCUUCUCCCUCUCCAGCAUCCUGGCCUCUCAGGCCCAGCUUGCCAAGGAGGAUAAGAGCACACGCGAGACCUCCGACAGCCACCGCGAGGAAGACGGAGACAAGUCCGACUAGUCGCCCGCCAAACCCGUUCCUUCAUCCAAUCAUCAUCCAGAGCUCCACGUAGAGCAGAGGCACUUGUUCCCCUGUUUUUUUCACCGUUAUUCUUUUCCUUCGUUUUCCACUCUCCUUCCAUCUUUCUAUCUUCCCUCUAAAUUGCUACUGUGUUCACAUGCCUAAUGUCAUUCGUUCUGGUUCAUUCCACCAGCUCUCUAUAUGUAUUUAUACCAAUCCACCUUUUUAUUGUGUUACAGAUGCUUGAUUUGAUUUUUUUAUUUACACUAUUUCUUGCCUGCGUGUAUGUAUAUAUCUAUAUAUAUAUUGUAUAUUUCUUAUGCUCGUUGUGGAAAUGGUCUAUAAAACGGUGCGACCGUUAAUGGACCAUCGACCCUUCAGUAAUAAUUCCUCUUUGUUUUUUUUUUUCUCCCCCGCUCACUCUCUUCCUCUUAAAAUCUUUCACCUUUUAAAUCUACAAUCUACAAUAACUGAGUCAAAAGCACUUUGGCCCCUGGCAGUAACUCUGAGACUAAAAGCAACUUUGAAUCUAAAAAAACUUAGCCGCGGCAUAAUCCAUUUAGAGUUUAAAGGAUCGGUGUUAUUGUUGGAAGGCACGGCUGUUGCGUCUAUCCUACCUUAAAGGGACAGUUCAAGUUAAAGUGAGGAUUUGUUUCAUUUUUAUCUCAUCCCAAAGCUGUAUGACUUACAUUUUUCUGUGGAACACAAAAGGAGAUAUUUUGAAGAACAUUCAUGCUGCACCCUUCCAUGCAAUAAAAGAGAAUGGUGACCAAAAUUUCUAGUAAAUAACUUACAUUUCUUAAGUUUCUUGCACAAUUGGCUUUAGAACUUUUCGAAUAAAAUAAAUGACUCAUAUGGACUAGUUUAGUUAAAAAAAUCACCAAUAAUCAAAAACUAGUCCAUAUGAUUCAUGGAUUAUAUUCCAAAUAUUCUGAAACAGUUUGAGUGAGAAACAGACAUUUAAACAGAAAUUUAAGUCAUUAAUCACUGAAAAUUUAGCUUGAUAGCUGUGGUCACCAUUCACUUUCACUGUAUGGAAAAAAGCAAAAUGAGAUGUUUUGAAGAAUGUGCACGCUGUUUAUUUCCAUACAAUAAAAAGUGAAUGGGGUCCAAAGCAUGUAAGAACAAAAAUUACCAUUAAAACGUCACGAAAUUAGUCCAUAUAACUCAUGUAGUUUAUUCCAAGUGUUCUGAAACCAUUUGUGUGAAAAACAGACAUUUAAACAAAAAUUGUAGUUAUUAUCCACUGGAAAUUUAGCUUGAUAGCUGUGGACACCAUUCACUUUUAUUGUAUAGAAGAGAAGAAAGUUGAAAGUCAUAGGGGUUUUGUAUGACCUGGGGGUGAGUAAAUGAUCUUCAUGUCAGUCCAAAUCUGUUUGACUUGCUUUCUUCUGUAAAAGGCAAAAUUAGACAUUUUGAAGAAUGUUCAUGCUGCUCAUUUUCAUACAAUAAAAAGUGAAUGGGGUCCAAAAUAGUUAAGAACAACAUUUACCAUAAAAGCAUCACAAAACUAGUCCAUAUGACUCAUGUAAUAUUUUCCAAAUGUUCUGAAACAGUUUCUGUGAGAAACUGACAUUUAAACAGGAAUUUAAAUCAUUAAUCACUGGAAAUUUUGAUUGAUAGACGUGGUCACCAUUCACUUUCAUUGUAUGCAAAAGAAAAAAAGGAAGUUGGAAGUCAUGUAGGUUUGGGAUGACCUAAAGGUGAGCAAAUUAUCUUCAUGUCAGUCCAAAUCUGUUUGACUUACUUUCUUCUGUAAAAGGCAAAAUGAGACGUUUUGAAGAAUGUUCACACUGCUCAUUUCCAUACAAUGGAAAGUGAAUGGGGUCCAAAGCAGUCAAGAACAAAAUAUACCAUAGAAGCAUCACAAAACUAUUCCAUAUGACUCAUGUAGUAUAUUCCAAGUGUUCUAAAACGUUUGUGUGAGAAACAGACAUUCAAACAGAAAUUUUAGUCAUUAUUCACUAGAAAUUUAGCUUGUGGGCUAAAUUGUUUGACUGACUUUCUUUUGUAAAAGGCAAAAUGAUACAUUUUGAAGAAUGUUCACGAUGCUCAUUUCCAUACAAAAUUUACCAUAAAACCUUCACAAAACUUGUCUGUAUGCAUCAUACUAUAUUCCAAAUGUUCUGAAGCUGUUUGUGUGGAAAAACCUACAAGAUUUAAGCUUGAUAGUUGUGGUCACCAUUCACUUUCAUUGUCAAAGAGCAGCUUGGACAUUCCUCAUAAUGUCUCCUUUUGUGUUUCACGUUAGAAGGUAAGUCAUACAGGUUUGGAAGGACAUGAGGGUGAGUAAAUGGUGACAGAAUUUCCAUUUUAGGUGUGAACUGUCCCUUUGAACUGCUUGAUGAAUAGUAUUGAAACGAAGAAAGAACGUUUGUGCUAGGCCCUUCGACGUACUGUAUAUCUAUCUACCUGUUUGCCUGAUUUCUAAUGUGUUUGGAAGAUGUUGUGCUGUCUUAGACAGAGAAUAUUAGAUGAAUCCUCUGAGAUGCUAGCUAACCUGCUCACCAAGUGAAAAGGAAUGCUGUUAAAAAGAUAUUUUCAGUCUUUUUUAUAGUAAUGUCGAUUGUCUACACGGUGAGAGUCAUGUUGUUUUCCUUAGAAGGUAAGUUGUGAGAAUAAGGUAUUUGAGAAAUGAGAAGCACCUUCUUUUAACAUUUUUUUAUUCGUUGUUUUGAUAGCACUACAGAAACAGGAAGUAUGUGAAAUCUUAAGUAUGAUUUAUAGCAAGCCAUCCCAACAAAGAGAAAAGACAUUCUUAGCGCAGUGCGUUACCUUAAGUGCACUUAAGGUAAAAGCUAAGAUUUGUAGUUUUGAAUAUUCCCUUUUUGAGUCUCCUAGUGUCAUGUUGGAUUAUGUAGUAUGUGAUUCAACCAAGAGGGGGCAGUAAGUCCAUAGCAAGUCCACAAUAACACCCUCAGGGUCACUUUAGUUUGGAGUUGGUCUAUUUUAAGUGUCCAAUGUUGGUUCGUGCAAACAUAUUAUAUAAAAUACGCUUCUUUAAACCCCCAUUUAAGCAUAAAUAUUCAGUCUGAUGUUUAUUCAGUCAGGAGUAAGCAUCAAAAAAAAGCUCAAAGACUUGUUUCGUAUUGAAGCAGUGACUUGCAGCUAUAGCAGUAUUCUAGUCAUCUUAUGUUGCAUUUUCAUGCCAAAGUACACAUCACACUUUAUCCUCUCGGUUUUCUCAUUUUGGUACAGUCUGGAAAUGCAAACCAGACUUUUAAUACUUUUUCCCCCUUCUGAUUGAUUGUGUGAAUGCUUUAGAUAUGGUUUGUCCAAAUGUUUCUGUAAUGGACACUUUCUAUAACAUACAGUUAAACCAUAGCGGAUUCAGGAGUGAAGAUGCUCCCUAACUUGUCUUAAUGGGACACUGCUCUGUUUUUCAAUUAAAUGUCGAAGUUAAACAGUGCCAACACAAGAAAUGUCAAUGAAAGGCCACCUGAUGAUAUCGUAGUGCUUUCAAAACAAAUCUGCUCAUGUUUUUAUUAUUUGGAGAAUGUUUUUGGUUUGAUUCUGCCAGCGUAUUUAUGAAAGAAGUGCCAGGAUUUAUCCUCGUGGCUUGCUACAUAUGCUCAAAUCUAUUCUGUUGACAUUUUUCUUUUAAAGGUAAGGACAAAAAUGUAGUGGUCACUGCGUAAGCAUUAAGAGUUCAGAAUCAGAUCUAGCCAAAUGCGAAGUGUUUUGCUAUAAAGGUGGGCCGCAGGUGUACUGUACGUGUACGUUAUACAUAGACCUAAAGCUUUAUGUGCAAAUGGAUGCUUUUGUGUCAGUCUUGAAUGAUACGUCUGUGUUUUAGAGGACUCUUAACUCAUGAGGCACUUGAGAACAGGUUGUCGCCCCAUCCUUUCUUUCUUAAAACCCCUGACAGCCGUCUCCUCCCAGAAUUCAUUGCUUGCCUUUUGCCAUUUGUUAAAAGCAUUGUAAGCAUUCUGUGUUAUAAAAGUCUUUUUGUUUGUUUUUCAACUCCUGAUUUUAUGUAUAUUGUACAACCUACAGUGCAAAAAUAAUUGUGUUAUAAAAUAGCUUCAUUCCAUAUUAAAACAGACAAAGUACAUAAACAUUUACUAUACAUAAAUGGAAAUUUCUGCAGUAAGGAAAUGCUUCUGGUGCCUUACAAAUAAAAUCAAUCAAAUCAA